CUCAAUCUAUCCGACAUCGAGUCCCGCGAUAGCGGCGAGAGCCAGCUGCGCACCCGAGGGACAUUGGCGCCCGCCGGUGACCCGGUGACCCCUCCCCCCGCAGCUUCUCCGACAGCACGCGUGGCUCCGAGGGCUUUGUUUGCUUGACAUCGCCGCCCUUUGUCUCGCGGCAAUGACAAUGGCCACCUUAUGUUUCGGCCACAAUGAGACGCUCUCCGCUCAGGCCCUCGGCGACGUCCGCGACCGCCGCGGGAGGAGGGCCCGACCCCCCCGUGUCCGUACAAGCGGAUGAGCGCCUGUCACAUUGCAGCUGAAAUCUUUGGCGGUGGCUGGUAGGCAGACGCCAGUUGUCAUCUCGGCAUCUCUCUGCUUGCAGGCGCAGCAUGUUUCCGGUCAGGCAGCCUUGGCUUUGCAAAGCCUUAGGUGCUUUUCCUACCGUCCCAUUUCUGCCACUGCUUUGAGUUAUUCACGCCGGCUCGCGGUGAUGGAUUUGGCCAGGGUCGAGCGAUUCCGCGCGGAGGUUUAGAUGUGUUGUGUGGUCCUGUGUGCGGUGUGCGCCGCCUGCCUGCUGAUAUCUUUUGCCCCCCCAGGUUGUUAUGAUUGCUGCGUCCGGUGCUUGGGGGCGGUGCCCUACCCGUCCCUGGCGGCCACCCUGCUGUGCUACGCAGGCAUGGCUCUCUUUUGCGGUUGCGGCCACGAAGCCUUGACCCAGACCCGAGUCCUGGCGGAGACCUACUUCGCCCGCAGCGAGCAGGAUUAUGAGGUCGUGGCUUCCUGCGUCGAAUACUUCCAGUACGUCAUCUACGGCUUGGCCUCCUUUUUCUUCCUCUAUGGUAUCCUGCUGCUGGCCGAAGGCUUCUACACCACAAGCGCGGUCAAGCAGAACUUCGGGGAAUUUCGGAGCACCCGCUGCGGCCGAUGCCUCAGCCUGACGUUUAUCAUUGUGACGUACAUCUUGGCCUUCAUCUGGCUGGCGGUGUUUGCCUUCACUGCAAUUCCCGUCUACUUCCUGUUCAACACGGAGCAAACCUGCCACGACGUCAACCUCCUGGCCGAAAAAACUACCAGCAUCAAUCAGCACGGCUGGAUUUGCAUGGACGCCAGGCAAUACGGCCUCCUCCCUUGGAACGCGAUGCCGGGCAAAGCGUGCGGAAUGACUUUGGCGUCCAUUUGCAAGACCAGCGAAUUCCACCUCACCUACGACUUGUACAUUGCGGCAUUUGCCGGCGCCGGAAUCACCCUCUUGGCGUUGAUUCUGUUUUUGGUUGCGACCGCCUACAAUUAUGCAGUCCUGCGGUUCCUGAGCAGGAAGGGGGGGGUCCGCUAAACUGGGCUGACAGCGUCCUCUGCUG